GACAUCCGCAAUGGCUACCAGUCCUUCCCCACUGCCGCUGCUGCCGUCGCUGAGCUGCGCCAUGUGCCGUGAUGUGCCGCGUGAACCCGUCACCAUGUCCUGCGGCCACUGUCUGUGCAGGGGAUGCCUGGAGCGAUCGUGGAGGGGCCAGGAGGCUUACCCGUCAUGCCCCAAAUGUCGCCCACCGCCGGUGCAGACCCCAGACGGGGUGCAAAGGGGCCUGUGCGCAGAGCAUGGCGAGAAGGUGCAGCUGUUCUCCACGCAGGACGGCAGGCUCCUGUGCGCCCGCUGCAGGGGUUCCGCGGAGCAGCACCCCACCCACACGCUCAUCCCUAUACAGGAGGCUGUGGGGGGCUACAAGGAUGAGCUCAUAUCGGCCAUUGCCCCUCUGGAGACUCGCCUGAAGGAGCUGCAGCAGAUGCAGUGCGCACAGGAGCAGAUGAUCGCCCAGCACAGGGGAAACCUUCUGAACACCAAGCACCACGUCAGCCUGGAGUUUGAGAAGCUGCACCAAUACCUGCGAGAGAGGGAGGAGAGGCUGCUGAGGGAACUCCAGCAAGAAGGAGAUGUCAUCCUGGCAGAGAUGGAGGAAAGUCUCAACAAGAUCAAGCAAAACUGCCAGGGCAUCCUGCAAACCAUCAGCAGCACCCAGCCCCGGCUGUACGAGCAGGACCCCGUCUCCUUCCUCACUGACAUAAAGUCCUGCAUGGACAUCUGCUACGGCGGUUACAGGGACGGCUUUCCGGCUCAGAACGUGGUGGCGCCCAGGGACUUCGGCUAUGGGGGAGUGAAGGAUCUGAUCCAGUAUACAGCCUGGAAGGACAUGAAAUCGUACAUCACUCCUGCCUUACCCAAUAUAAUCAUGGACCCCAGCACAGCUCAUCUUAACCUAGUCCUAUCUGAAGACCUGACCUGUGUCCGAUACAGCGACACCAAGCAGUCGCUGCCGGAAAACCCGCGUCGCUUUGACUACUGCUGCUGUGUCCUCGGCACUGAGGGAUUCACCUCUGGGCGGCAUUACUGGGCGAUUGACGUUGGCAACAAGACCAAGUGGAACCUGGGUGUGGCCAAAGAGUCGGUGAAUAGGCGAGGCGGCAUCACCCUCUCCCCGGAGAACGGCUUCUGGAUACUCUGGCUGCGGAACGGGCACGAGUUCAAAGCCCUGGAUGUCCCUUAUCGAGCCCUCACCUUGAGGAGCAAACCGCAAAGGGUGGGGAUCUACCUAGACUAUGAGGGCGGCCAGCUCACCUUCUACAACGCCGACGACAUGUCUCAUAUCUACACCUUCGUCACGUCCUUCUCCGAGACCAUCUACCCCUAUUUCUGCCCGUGCCUCAACGACUCUGGAAAGAACGGCGGCCCGCUGAAAGUCCUCCAUCACACGCCAUGACGAGGUGGAGGUAGGGGCAAUGAGGGACUGACAGGAGGGUUCAUUCCUCUCCAGAUUCUAGACCACUGUUGUUCAAUGUCUUAGACGUCAUGGGGAACGUGCUGACAUCCAAGUAUACUUCUGUAUUCUGCUUUUCCUCCUAAGGGCACAUUUCAUUCUAUGGACUUAUUGGUUAUGUUCAAUUAAUGCAUUGAGAAAGUAACAGAUGGAUGGAGCUCGUCUCGUGUCAUUAUCUUACACCGUAAUAUCUCAAUAAAUAUGUAACUGGAUUAAGUAAGAA